UACUUUGUCGAAUUUGCUCUUAUUUUGGUAUCAUACUUCCAUAACAGAUUAUUGUGUUGUGCACCAUCUGCUUGAUCAAAUUCAUUGUUGGUUUCUAGUUUUGUGUAAUUCUACCUUCAAAAACAAUGCUAAUAAUGUGUUUGUUACAAUGUCUGAACCACAUCAUGCUUGUUGUUAGAAGAUAAAAUUGGCUUGAUUUCGAGGAUCAAGUUCGUAUAUGUGAAUGCUUAGUUUUACAGGAAAAUACAUUUUGUAAGAACUCUCACCUGUGAAGCUUUGAUGACAUUCUACUCAAAACUUAUCUCUGAGCUUGGGCGUGGAACAAACAAGCUUCAAAGAGAUUGCUUAUUCUGGUUAUGCUGUCUUGUUGAACAUGCUCCAACUAUUGUGUCAUCCCCUACCAAGACUUCAUAUUUCAGGUCCUUUAAACCUCACAAUCACGAGUGCAUGCAUCAAAGAACUUACAGAACACUGAGGAAUCUUUCAGGAGUUCCCUCCUUGUCUUCUUGGUCAGGUCUUCUUCUAAUGCAGCAACCAAAUAUCUUUGGAAGGCAAGGUAUUCUGGGAAGCUGGCUCCCUGCCAGGUACAUAAAUAAUGAAUCAGUUGAGCUGAAGACUGACAAUGAUGUUGUGCGGUUCUCUCUGGACAAGUCCGAUGAUAUUAAUUCUACAAAAAAGACCCAGAAGAACAAAAAAGUUAAAAUGUCUAAAAAAGCUAAAGUGAAUGAGCUCAGGUUCUACCGUUUGAAGGCUAAGAAAAAGAUGAAUUCCCCAAAUCCAGAGAUAAGAAUUAGAUAUAAGCUUGAAAAGGCCAAGCGGAAGGAAGCUUGGUUGAUUGAGAAGCUGAGAAAAUAUGAUGUACCAAAACCCCCUCCAGAAACAUUUGAUCCUGAAAUUUUAACUGAGGAGGAAAGACAUUACCUGAAGCGCACAGGUGACAAAAAGAAACAUUAUGUUCCAGUCGGGAGACGGGGAGUAUUUGGUGGGGUAGUUCUUAAUAUGCAUCUUCACUGGAAAAAUCAUGAAACCGUAAAGGUUACCUGCAAGCCUUGCAAACCAGGGCAAGUACAUGAAUAUGCUGAAGAGCUUGCUCGACUGAGCAAAGGCAUUGUAAUUGACAUCAAGCCAAAUAAUACCAUCAUCUUUUACCGUGGAAAGAACUACGCACAACCGGAAAUAAUGUCUCCUCCAAAUACAUUAUCAAAAGCAAAGGCCUUGGAGAAAUAUAGGUUUGGCCAAUCCCUUGAGCAUACUAGCCAUUUCAUUGAAAGGUUGGAGAAAGAGCUUGAAGAAUAUCAUCAGCACCUUGCAAAGUUUGGAAAAGGGAAAGAGGAUACCACCACUAACAAUGGAUUGGAGAAGCAUGACUCUAAUUUUUCUGGACGCCAAAUGUCACAUAAAUGAGGCUCACACAACCUGAUCGUGUUGGCUUUGGAGGAAAUGAAUUUUUUUUGGGUACACUCAGAAGAAGAAGCUGUGAGAUAUGGCGGAUUCCUCACCCUCAAGUACCACAGUUUCAAGAACUGCCCUUCUCCUUUUGAGGGUCUUAACCUUUAUCUUUCUUUUCAUUGCACUCAUUC